AUGCGGGCGAUUCAUUCGAUCGCGGUGGCUGGAGCUCCUGGAGAUCGCGGCGGGCACCGGCAAUCUCCUGGCCAUGGCGCUGCCACUGGCGCCGGCGCUGGAUCAUCGAGGUGGAGAACUCCCAAGAACAAGAGCGGCUCUAAUGCUGGAAUUCCGUCGAUCUACGACGCGUUGCAGCAGGCGGGAGCGAUUCCGGGCGUUGGUGUCGUGCUUGCGGCAUUGACAGCGUGUAGAAACUCGCGAGACCUCCAAACAGGUAAGCGAGUCCAUAGCUACGUUGCCGAGCGAACGAAUUACUGUUCUUCAAACAGCGUGGUGGCGAACUCUGUGCUGGAUAUGUACGCAAAGUGUGGAAGCAUGGAGGACGCGUUGCAAGCUUUCUCUGAGAUGAAGCAUCGGGACGUCGUUUCGUGGACUUCCAUGAUCUCCGGAUAUGCAAGGUGUGGAGAUGGCGCUCUGGCUCUCAAGUUCUUCUUGCGCAUGCAAGAAGAAGGCUGUGAGCCGGAUCGUGUCACGGUCAUCGCAGCAGUGAAGGCAUGCUCUAGCUGCGCAGAGAAGGAAGAAGUUCGCGUGAUACUAGGAAGAGCAGUGAAGAUCAAAUCGCUGGAACAGGGAAGAGCUCUUCAUUCUCGAGUCGCCAGAGCAGGAUUUGUCCGGGACCUUGCUGUGGCAAACUCGCUGGUGGAUAUGUACUCCAAGUGUGGGAGCAUGGAAGAUGCACAAAAGGUGUUCGAGAGCAUGAGGCAGCGGGACGUGAUUUCAUGGACUUCGAUAAUUUCGGGUUAUGCACAGGCUGGGGAAGCGGAGUUUGCUCUCGAGCUUUACUCGCGAAUGCAAGACGAAGGCUGCGCUCCAGAUCGUGUGACUCUCCUCGCUGCGCUCAAGGCUUGUGCUAGCUUGGCCGAAGGAGAGAAAGAUGGUCCCUCGAGACAAAAGUGGCUGGAGCAGGGGAGGGCUAUUCAUUCCAAGGCCGUGGCAAGUGGAAACCAGUCGGAUCACUUCGUGGCAAACUCUCUACUCGACUUCUACGCAAAGUGUGGGAGCAUGGAAGACGCUUAUACUGUGUUUCAAGCUAUGUGUCGUCACAGCUCAAUCUCGUGGAAGUGCAUGAUCCUGGGAUAUGUCCACAACGGGGAGUCCGAGCAAGCUCUCGAGUUUUACAAGCGCAUGCAAUCAACAGGGUGUGUGGCGGAUCGUGUGACUUUACUGGCAACUUUGAAAGCUUGCUCUACCUUGACGGCGGCAGGGGCAUCAGAAGAAGCACUGGGAACUGCUGAGAAAGAAAGGCUCGUAAAGUUCAGGCUCAAGUGUCUCGAAACAGGAGCACGCAUCCAUUCUCAAGCUGGAACGCUGGACCUUGCAGUAGCAAACUCUCUAAUCGAUCUCUACGCGAAGUGCGGUCGCAUCAUACUUGCUCGCAAUCUCUUCGAAAGCCUUCCACAUAAGAACACCGUCUCAUGGAACUGUAUCAUCAUCGGGUAUGCGGAGUGUGGGGAAGGCGCCGUGUCUUUGGAACUCUACAGACAGAUGCGUCACGCCUCAGGCUGUGCUCCAGAUGCCGGUAGUUUCGUGGCCGUUUUAAAAGCUUGCUCCAGCUUGGUGGCACUGGAAUUCGGGAGGCAAAUCCAGAUGGAAGCUCGCAGUUUUGGACUAGAGAGAGAUCCCAUCGUCGCAAACGCGCUCGUUAGUUUCUUCGCGAAGUGUGGGAGCAUGGCCGAGGCCGAGGAGGUAUUUAGUUCCAUUUCGAAGAAAGAUUUAGUGACAUGGAGCUCAUUGAUCGCAGGCUAUAGCUGCCGAGGCGACGCAACUCGGGUGCUGGACCUCUUCGAGAGAAUGGAGAAAGUUGGCGGUGUGAAGCCAGACGGUGUUACGCUCCUCUCCGUCCUCACUGCCUGUAGCCACGCCGGCCUGGUCGACAGAGCGAAGGACGAAUUCAGAGCAAUGCCCCGCAAGCAUGGGAUUGCUCCCACGAUUCAACACUACACUUGCAUGGUGGAGCUUCUCGGCCGCGCGAAUCAACUCGACGAGGCAGUGAAAUUGGUGAAAGGGAUGAGCUGCAAGCCGGAUGUUGUGAUAUGGAAGGCAGUGCUGGGAGCUUGCUGGAAGUGGAAGAACGUGGCGCUCGGGAGGCUUGCUUUCGCGUCCAUCAUGGAGCUCGACAAUCAAAAUGCCCCGGCUUACGUGCUCAUGGCCAAUCUUUAUGCUGAGGCUGGGAUGCUGGAAGAAGCCGCAAGGAUGCGCCGAAGAAGUUAACUAUCUGGUACGUGACACUUUGAGUCCCCCGUGUUAACUUUCUAAAUGCCUUGUAGAAGCGAUUGACAAGACAAGAUCCAAAGAAGGUUAUUACGGGAGGAUUUUAUCACUUUCGGUACCUACGGAGAAGAAACAGGUGUGAAGAGAUUUUCUCAUGAAGGAAUUGCGUGGCUAACUGCGAUCAAACAAACAGGUCUCAAAGGAUUUUCUCCCGACUUGGACGCAGAAGUUCUCGACCGGAACCAGCCCAGGGCCAGAGAAUAAGUGAACUUCGCCACCUAAGAGUGCCAACGACGAUGGAGAAAUCUGGAUACCAUACGAUUUAUAGUUCUUCCAGUACGAACUCAGUGCUUUACUUGCAGAGAAACAAAACAAGCCAGGCUUUACAGUUGCAAGUGUCAAGGUUCCACGAGUUUGACUUUCUCCUGUUCCAUCGAAUGCGAGCCCAGCCCAAGGCUAGCAGCAGCGUGGGAGCUUUGGAGCCUCUGAAGGGAAUUGACGCAGAUAUCUUCAGGUGUGGACUCGAGGACAUACAAGCUCCAAGGUUACUUCAUGUACGCUGUGCACAGGCUGAGGCCGAACUAUUUGCUGCUUCCUGCGAACGCUCCCAACUAUGGAGUCCAAUUCAUGAGGAUGAUACAAGGCUACAAGUUUCAGGCAAGAGUAUUAGUGAGGGUGAACAAGAUUCUGUAAGGUGACUCCAGACGCAGUUGCCUAGACGGCCAUGAUCCGCGAUGGGGACACACGAAUGGUUUUAAGCUCUUCAAUGAGAUGCAAGACGAAUGGCACUU